UGUGACUACAGAAAAAUUUGACAAAGAAUGAGCCCUAAAAUCACCAAAAGUCCAUUCAUUGCCAUAACCGACGAUUUUCCCGGCUAUGAAUUGGAAUCGUUUAAUAUAAACCCACAUUUGGCUAAUAAUUUGGAUCGGGUUUUAAUUCCUGGAGGUUUUAUACAGGAUAGGUAUACAUUGACGACACUGAGACAGUGGUUACCAUUUAAUAGUAAUGCAUGUAUUCUGUUGUAUUGCAGAAUCGAGCGCCUGGCGUGUGAUAUCGCUAUAGAUUUGGCCAAUGAAUCGUUUGUUGCCUUAUGUGUCCUCAAAGGCGGUUAUGUCUUCUUUAACGAUCUCUUGGAUAAAAUCAGACAUUUCUAUAGAUAUCGUUACGCCAAUACAUCCCAAACUCCAAACGGUGUUCCAGACUUUGCCCAACAAAUUAGAGUUGAAUUCAUAAGACUUAAGAGUUAUGAAGACGAGAAGUCGACUUCAAAUUUGAAAGUUAUUGGAAUCGAGUCAUUGGAAUCGCUCAGAGGAAAGAAUGUAUUGAUUGUGGAGGAUAUUAUCGAUACUGGAAAUACAAUGGUUAGACUUCUGGAACUCCUUAAAAAGUAUGAUUUGAAGUCCAUUCGAGUGACCAGUCUUUUUGUGAAACGAACGCCUCUUAGCAAUGGAUACACUCCUGAAUAUGUUGGAUUCAAUAUUCCCAAUGAGUUCAUCGUUGGCUGUAAUAUGGAUUAUAACGAAUAUUUUCGAGAACUUAAUCACGUCUGCGUUAUGAACGAAAUUGGGAAACAAAAGUAUUCAAUGAAAAACAUUAAAUAAAUAUUUCCCAUUAAUGGAAACGUCAGUAACUAUUCAAUUAAUAUAUCACAUGAACUGACGAAUCGUUUUUAAGCAAAAGAC